AUGAUUGCGAAUUUCAGCAGAACCGCUGCUUUUCAAACAGAACAUGUUUCAACAGACGGAACUCAUCGACCAACUUCGAAGAGAAAAAUACGACUUAGCUAUUGCGGAAUCUAUAUUUUUCCAUGCUUUUGGAAAUUGGUAUUCGAUCAGUUAUCAAUACAGACAACUCUUUUCAUGACUGGAAUGAAAGGUGCAAUUGGAGAGCCAUCUGCAGUUUCAUACUAUCCUGCAUUAUACUCAUCGGAUAACACAAAUGGAUUUAUUGGAAGAUUAAAGAACUUCGUUGGAUAUUUCUUGGGGAGCACAUUUGAUACGUGGAAGUAUGAUGCUGAAAUUGCAGCUCUUCCAAAGACCUACAAAGGUCCAAGGUGUUGGAGAACACUGCUUAGCAAUGUUGCAUUCAACUUUGUGAACUCAAAUCCAUUUAUUGAUUAUCCAUCUGCCACUCUUCCCAAAACAGUUUUCGUUGGUGGUAUGCAAGUGAACACAAAGAAGCAAGGAAAGGUAAAAUUGUCAAAAGAAUGGGAUGAUGUUUUUUCGAAGCGAUCAAGAAACGUCCUGGUUUCUUUUGGUUCUAUGGCAUUUUCAUCAUUUAUGCCUGAUGAAUACAAGAAAACCUUUUUGGAAGUCUUUGCAUACAUGCCGGACACUACAUUCAUUUGGAAGUUCCACUACUCGGUGACCAACCCAGAAACGCUCACAUGCUCACAAGACACGGCUGAGUUUGUUCAACUUGAUAAGGCUCUUUUGGAUCAACCAAAUGAAAUUAGAAAACCAAUUCACGCUGUUCUGGAUGAUUCGAACUACAAGAAGAAUGCGGAAAGACUUGCCAAGGUUCUGGAAGAUCAGCCAAAUAAGCCGAAAAAUGUUGUAUUGAAACAUUGUGAUUUUGCAGUUCAAUUUGGACCACUGGAGACGUUGAAUUCUGAGGGACGUCAUCUGAAUACGUUUGCAUAUUACUCAUUAGAUAUUGCUCUUGCAGUUAUUGUUGUUCUUUUAGCUGUAUUGUUUGUUAUGUAUCGUAUUGUUAAACACAUUUUGUUCAGGGUUGUUAAGAAAACAAUAUUUACUCCAAAGAAGAAGAUUGAAUAG